AUGGCUGCCUUGGCUUCUCCCUCCCUCAUCCCCUCCUCUCUCUGCUUCGCCACCGCCGCCGCCGAUGGUCCUCCGUCCCUCUCUUCAAACUUCUCGGCCUUUUUCGACGGCGGCGGUACUAAUCUCAGGUACCACAAGAGCUUCUUAUCCGUUUCAUCGCCUUCGCCUUAUCGAAAUCGACGGGGUUCCUCUCGCCGUUCACUCGUCGUGUUUGCUGCUUCCGGCGACUACUACGCUACUCUCGGUGUGCCUAAAUCUGCUAACAGCAAGGAGAUUAAAGCUGCGUAUCGACGCCUGGCUCGUCAGUACCAUCCCGAUGUGAACAAGGAACCUGGAGCAACCGACAAGUUCAAGGAAAUCAGUGCUGCCUAUGAGGUGCUAUCAGAUGAGCAAAAGAGAGCAUUAUAUGAUCAGUAUGGUGAAGCCGGAGUCAAGAGUUCUGUAGGAGGAGCUUCUGGUACUUACACGACCAAUCCCUUUGACCUUUUUGAGACAUUCUUUGGUGCGAGUAUGGGUGGAUUUCCCGGGAUCGACCAAGCAGAAUUUGGGAGAACUCGCCGGGCUAGGGUUACUAAAGGUGAAGAUCUACGGUAUGACAUCACCUUAAAACUGUCAGAGGCUAUUUUUGGAUCUGAGAAAGAAUUUGAUCUUAUGCAUCUGGAGACAUGCGAAGCUUGUGCUGGUACCGGAGCAAAAGCAGGUUCCAAGAAGAGAAUAUGCUCCACUUGUGGUGGGCGGGGUCAAGUUAUGAGAACUGAGCAAACACCAUUUGGCAUGUUUUCACAGGUUUCUAUAUGUCCAAACUGUGGUGGAGAUGGUGAGGUUAUUUCUGAGAGUUGCCGGAAAUGCUCUGGAGAAGGACGUGUGCGUAUUAAGAAGAGCAUCAAAGUCAAAAUUCCGCCGGGAGUUAGCGCAGGUAGCAUCCUUAGAGUUUCUGGAGAAGGUGAUUCUGGUCCCAGAGGUGGCCCCCCAGGAGAUUUGUAUGUUUAUCUUGAUGUUGAAGAAGUCCGGGGAAUUCAAAGGGAUGGCAUAAACCUUUUAUCUACCCUUUCGAUCAGUUACCUUGAUGCUAUACUGGGUGCGGUUGUUAAGGUGAAAACAGUUGAAGGAGACACUGAGCUGCAGAUACCACCGGGUACUCAACCAGGGGAUGUGCUGGUGCUGGCAAAGAAAGGUGCACCAAAACUGAAUAGACCGUCUAUCCGCGGUGACCACUUGUUUACAGUCAAAGUUACCAUACCAAAUCAAAUAAGUGGUGGAGAGCGGGAGUUGCUGGAGGAACUUGCAUCUCUGAGUGAUACGCGCAGCAGCAGGCCCCGAACUCGUGCUAAGCCACAGCAAUCCACUACUUUAAGCAGUGCACCCCGUAGCGCAGAAAGCAGGACAGAUGAAGUUACGGAGAAAAGCCAAGAAGCUGAACAAGAAAACGAUUUGUGGAAGAACAUCAAAGAUUUUGCAGGGUCGGUUGCAAAUGGAGCUCUGAAAUGGCUGAGAGAUAACCUGUAG